AUGGACGAGACCAGAUCGAGCCAGACGCGUGGUUUCACUGCCCGGUUCCAGCCCAAGGUUGCCUUGCCUGAUCUGACCCUCCACGUUGGCCAACAUGCCACCAAAAGCUCUCGGAAGAAUAGUCCGACUCGAGAGUCGCCAGCAGAUACAUCCAAUGUAGGAGCAGCCUAUGAAGAAUACUAUGCGGCCCCAACUCCUGGCCCUUGGUCGUCAUGGGUCCGCGAUGCUGAGGGCAGGGGAUUCUACUACAGAAGCCGAAUGAGCGCCACAGGAGAUAUUGAGUGGGACUUUUCGCGCUCGCCAACGUAUCGGAGUUAUAACUACAUGCAACCAUUGCCACGGAUGUCCUACUAUCAGCAACCCAUCAAGACAAGCCCGAAUCCAGCAACUGCAUUCACAUACACGUUCCGUUAUCCGUCCAACUCAGCACCGCGGGAAGACCGGCCGACAGCAGGAUCUGACUUUUCCCACGAUGCAAGCGACGAAGAGUCAUUUCCAGCCGCGAGCUCCAGUGUUUUGAUACCCGCCAUCAUCGACGUGGACACCAAGAACAAUGUCAAGGUUAUGGUUCCGGAUCCCAGAACCGGAGAAGCGAAGACAAUUUAUGACAACAGGCAUAAGCAUUCCCAUAAGAAGAAAAUGAGCCCGCAACACAAGAACACCGUUGAUUACAUUUCGACGUGUGACUUCUUGAUCUCGCGUCCUCUUCGCGUUUAUUUUCAAUUGGUUCUAGGCGGAAUCCUUCGUCGAUACACUUAUCCAAUGCCUGUAGCCACACCAUUCUGUAAUCAGGAUGGCCAUAAUGGCUCGUGCCAAAAUUUCCAGGUACUCGCCUUUGAACUUGCGACCAUGCCCGGAGGCUUGUCUCCCGCGGGCUUCCGCCCACGGAGCUCAAGCCAAGUGAGGGUGUAUUCCCACGAAGAAAUCAUCUUUCCAAAACUUUACGAAGAGGCGUGGGGCAGCGAUGGGUUCGGCGAUAAUCGAACGGAGCUGGAACGAGCCAGAAUCUUCCUCAUGCGGUUUGCGAAGAUGAAUCCUGAUCCAUUUACGAGCCAAGAGCUGCAAUCAAUCGUCAUGAACCACGAAAAUCGGACGAUACCGGCGCUAGCUCUUGCAGUGCAGAUGAGGAUCUUUGGAAAUCGCCACGAUAGCUUUGCGGCGACGCCUCUUCUGCAAUGCAUACGGUUUAUGCUCUUGAAAGCCAGGGUCCCAGAGUUCAUAUUUUCGGACAAAACGAAGCUUAUUAUGGAUUUUUACUUCGAUCCAACGAUGGCAAGAAGCAUUGAGCCUCCACCACCAGAUGGUAUCGUCUACAAAUAUCCCUCCGGUCGUCUCGAGAUUGCUAUUGUAGGCGGUGGGCCAACAGCGCUAGCAUCAGCAAUAUCUCUCGCCGAGAAGGGUGCUGGGAAAAUUCAGGUUCACGUCUACGAAAGGCGGUGGGUCGUCAAAGAUGGGCCGAGGGGACCUUAUAUCGACUACCCCUCGACAGCCAGGCGUCGUGAUCAGGUUGUCACGCUACAAGAGUCGGUCACGACGUUGAUGAGUAAAGCAACUCAGCAGGCAUUGUUUGAAGGUCGUCCAGAACGAGUCUGGCCGGGCUCAGCCAAUAUUCAGAUUCGCAAAGUCGAGGAUCGUCUUCUCCGGAGAUGUCACGCCGCCGAAUUUCAGGAUCUCAUUCACCUCCACGCGGAAGAUGUGACGCAUGAAGAUAUGGUGAAGAUUGGCGACUUCCAUGUUCUUCUGGGAGCCGACGGAGCUGCAUCGUGGGUCCGCAAAUCGUAUUUCCACGGAUAUGAAAAUGAACGUGGGCGAAGUUAUGCCUUGGGCCUCGCUUUUGAUCGGCCGGCCGGUCUGCCAUGGUCGCAACCCCUGAACGUCUUCUUGACUCUGGGUCAGACUCGGUAUCUCCUGAACGCUAGUGACUACGAUGGACGUGGAUACCUCAACAUGCAACUCACAGAGGCAGAGUGGCACAAGAUGCUCGCCAAGGAUGGCCAGCCAGUCACCUUUGGAUAUCCUGGCUGCCUCCGAAACCCCGAUGGGACUAUACCGAAAGGCUUCACAGAGAACCAGGUCUUUGCACCUUCAGAAGACAGGGAGAGUUCAUUAUGGAGGUCAAUUUCUGACGGCCUCAAGCUCUUCGGCUUCAAAGAAAGCGAGGUCAUCAAUGUCGUCCGGAUUCCAAUUGUUGUCCAGGCUGUACGAGAAGGCAUCCAGUAUCUGCCGCCUUGUGACUCGGGGGCGAUCAAUCGGCCACAUGCCCUCGUUGCAGUGGCAGGAGAUGCUGCUAUGACAGUUCACUUUUGGCCAGGCCGCGGCCUCAAUAGUGGUGUUAAGUCAGGCAUCGCUCUAGGAGACGAAAUUGUCCAUGCGCUCAAUGGGGGCAAAUUCGUUGGGUUGCCUCUUACCGCUAUGAAUCAGUACAAUGACUUCAUCAUGAAGUUGCAGGACCGCGAGCAUGACAAGCGCAGUAUCCCGAUACUUAAUCAGUCCGGUACACCAGAGACCUUGGGCUGGCUACUCAGCAAGGCAAAUACGGUCCCGGACAACGUUGCAAUCGAAUGGCUUGUGGGUGCAAUGGCUCAGAUUGCGGAACGACUUGAACAGAGAGGCGACUGGGCCUUUGGCCCCGUGGCUAACGUCGAGCCUCAACUUCGGAUAGUACUACGACAGAUGGACUCUGCAACGCUUAGGGAGAUGGCAGUCAGCUUCCCGUGGCCAACACGAGAAAUGGGCGGUGCCGAGGUUCUCCCUCUCCGGUCUAUGAAGCCAGAAGAGAAGCAAAGAUGGCUUCAGGGUAUCUGGGGGCUAUUGAGAGACGAGGUCGGCCGAGACUCGCAAAAGCGUCCUCCCUCCCGUGGAGAUCGAGGACGGCCACAGUCUACAUCACGAUUUGAGGCCCCGCGUGGUGCUGCCCUGCAUCCGCCUAGAGCCGUUUCGCCGUCGACACAGUUCCUAUCGCCAACGCCUGAUAACGCUGCACCAAGCCGCUCAGAGUCGACAUUACGGAGAAGCAACGCCAAUCGAGGAGGCAUAUCACCAGGCCCCUCGGAGCGGACACUAGCUGUGCCCAAUGAGCUAGAUGGUAUGUCAUUUUCACGGCCACGCUCACCAUCUAUGGGUGGUGAAAUACCGUUGGGAAGAUUGCUUAGCGUGAGUCAGCGUCCGGGCCGCGCCGUUUUGGCCGAUGCUAUGUCGUUGGCACUAUUUCGUGUCGACGGGGAUUGA